AUGAAUGUAUGUGUACCUUUACCUGAUGGUGAAAUUGUUAUUGGAGAAAAGUUUAUAUUAUGUUCAGAUUCAUACUAUUCAAACAAUGGCACCUGUGUCAAAUGUUCGUUAAAAUAUGGAGAAUUGUGUGAUGUGUGUGAUGACAAAAAGUGUUUAAAAUGCUCAAACAUGGGAGUAUUAGAUUGUGAUGGUAAAUGUAUUGCUUUUGAAUCAAGUGGGUGUGUUUCAUCACCAAACACAUAUUGUUCGGGUUGCCAAAAUCAUUCAAUUUACAUUUCAGAAUCAAAUGGCGUUUGUGGUGAGAUUUCGAAUUGUAAAAUUGCAACGUCAAAUGGAAAAUGCGUGUCUUGUAACGACGUGUAUUAUUUCACAUCAAAUCAAACAUGUGUUGCUUUGUCAAGUAAUCAAACAGAAAAUUGUGACAUCAUCAAUAAUGAUAAUGGGAAGUGUAUUCGCUGUGCCAGCAAACACUAUCUCAGUGAUGGAACAUGUUUAAAUUGUCCUAACAAUUGUAUGAGUUGUUUCAAUGCAACUGUGUGUAUUGAAUGUGAAGGCGGUUUGUCAGUUUCAAGUAACGGGACUUGUACGACAUCAACAACACAAAUGGAAAAUUGCAAGAAAAUGAUAAACCGACUUUUCAUGUGUGCAAUUUGUGAUCAAAAAUACUUCAGAAACGACAAGGGCCAAUGCGAGAAUUGUACUGACAACUGUGAUGAAUGCAACCAGAAAAACACAUGUUUAAAAUGCAAAGAAAACACAUUUCUUGUCACUGAAGGGACUCAAUGCUUUCCAUACGAAACUUUAACAAACUGCGAAACAAAAACUCAAAAUGGGUGUUCACAAUGCUCGACUGGUUAUUAUGUGAAAAAUCAGUUAUGUGUGUCUUGUAAUUCCACAAAGUCAAAUUGUGAUAAGUGUAAUUCUGUUGGUGUGUGCACUUCGUGCUCUCCAAAUUACAUCUUAAUCAACUCCAAUCGUACUAUAGGAAGUAAUGUUAGUCAGUGCACCAAAGUUGACAACUCAAAAUGUGCAACAUGCACCUUUUGGUACGCCCCGUCUUCUGAUGGCACUUCGUGUGCAAAGAAAGCAGUUUGGUGGGUUAUUCUUGUUGGAAUUUUUCUCAUCAUUCUUGUACUUUUUGUUGUGUUUGUGGUGACUAUAUUUAUCACACUGAAAAUCGUCAAAAGAAAGAAAGAGCACAAAAACAGGAAGAAGACGUGUUUUUUCACUAUGAGUAAAUCGAAUAUCAGUUUUCAUAAAACAAAUACCCCAGAAGUUGUUGUUAACAAAAAUGAAAUUGUGUUUGAAACCGAUGAAAAUGGCACGGAAAUACCAGCAAAUGAAGAAAGUCGCGAACUCUUGUGUGUUGGUAAUAGCGGCAACAACACAAUUAAAGUUCAAUUUUCAAUAUUUGAUAAUAAAUACAAAUAUUCAAUACAAACUCUACCAAAUAUAGCAACAAUACCAAAAGGUAAAGCAAUCGAAUUUGAAGUGUUUCUGAAGCCAUUGUGCAGUUGCCAAAUAGAUGAUAUUAUCGUUUUAUUUUCUUCCAUUUUAAAGAAAGGUGUUAUCUCAGAAGUUCGUAUCCAAAUAAAAGCAAAAACAUUAAUUUCGAGUAAACUUGAUCCUGAUGAAUUGGAAGAAGAGAAGAAGAUUGGCGAAGGCUCUUGCAAUAAAAAAAUGAAAAUGAGUGGACAACAAAAUGAAUUAAACGAAUUUGAGAAUGAAGUGUCUAUGCUUGAUAAAUUUAGGUGUGAAUAUAUUGUACACUUUUAUGGUGCUGUUUUUAUACCAAAUAAAAUUUGUUUGGUCACUGAAUUUGCAUUAUAUGGCAGUUUACAAGACUUAAUAAAACACAAAACAAGUAGAGAAGUUAACAUGAAAUUACGAGUAAAAUUUAUGUUAGACUGUUCAAAGGGGAUUAAUGGGUUUAGGAAAAUCUGCCCUUUUAAAAAUUGCCUUUUCAAUAAUUCGCCUUUUUUCGCCUUUAUUUUUCAACAAAAUUUCAAGUCAUUUGAAUUUUUGUUGAAUAUUUAUUUAAAACUCGUUUACAAAAAUAAAUCAAUCUGUAUUAUUGUAUUUAUUACAAAAAUAUAUAAUGUUUAUAGUUAA